UUCUUCUCGAUAGGUUCAUACAAGCCUUCGUAUCUGAAGCAUUAUAUAGGCGCUCGGUUACCGGAGGUCUCUUUAUUCUUCAUCUCAUCGAACUCUACUACCUUCACGCCAUCAUGUCACCUGGGUACGAAUUCAAAUUUCUCUCCAAGCCAGCUACCGUAGCCAUCGUAGGAUGUCCAUUCAGUGGUGGUCAAGGUAAAGCAGGUGUGGAUUUAGCACCAAACGCACUUGUCUCAGCAGGUCUCAUAGACCAACUCUUCAACCUCGGUUGGGAAGUUCAUUACGAAUCAGAAUUACAUUUCUCUGAAAUCCCAUAUAACCCCGCUCCCCCACAUGUGCUCGGUGCAGCCAUCCAUGAGCAAGUGGAGGUGAACGUUCCUGUAAACUCUAGUCCUCAAGCCAAGAAAGCCACUAUGAUACAGAAAUUACCGGAUCCUGAUAUUGGUAAAAUGAAGAAACCUCGGUUGGUCAGUGCUGUAUGUGAGAAAGUGUCUAAAGAAGUUGGGGAGAUCGCAGGGAAGGGAUGGUUGCCUUUGACUUUGGGUGGAGAUCAUUCUUUGGCAAUGGGUACGGUUUCCGGUACCAAAUCCAAAUACCCCGAUGCGUGUUUGAUAUGGAUCGACGCUCAUGCGGAUAUCAACACUCCUGAAACCACUGAUUCUGGAAAUCUUCACGGAUGCCCAGUCUCGUUUUUGCUCGGAUUGACGGGUACAGCGGUGGAGCCGUUUUCGACUUGGCUCAAACCAUGUUUGAAGCCUUCAGAACUGGUAUAUAUCGGCUUGCGUGAUAUUGACGCACCGGAGAGAGCUAUCUUGCGAGAGAAUGGUAUCAAGGCAUUCUCCAUGCAUGAAGUGGACAAGUAUGGAAUCGGAAAGGUCGUAGAGAUGGCAUUGGACCAUGUGAACCCCAAAAGGGAUAAACCUGUUCAUUUGAGUUUCGACGUUGAUGCUUUGGACCCGGACGUCGCUCCUAGUACUGGAACGCCCGUACGAGGUGGUCUGACCUUCCGCGAGGGACACUACAUAACCGAGGCGAUCGCGGAAACAGGUCUGUUGGUAUCUUUAGAUAUUAUGGAAGUUAAUCCAUCUCUACUUGACUCUUCAGCAGUCUCUCAAACCAUUGCAGUCGGAUGUUCCCUCACCCGGGCGGCACUGGGCGAAACUCUCUUAUGAGAAUCGACUUAUACGAUGUGACACAUACAUACAAUCCUGA